AUGUACAACUACAAACUAAUCUGGCCAUUAUUGCAACUUGUUGCCAAUCACCUGGACGUUGCCUUUGAGCCUGGUGAGGCGAUCUUAGGGUCAUCCUCUGACCAAAUGUACAAUGCCGAUGACCUAAUCAAAGUUGGUACGGAUAAUGCUUUAGUCCUCGAGACGUCUGGCCUUUACGAGUUGCAUGAUAAACCUCGCUUCGGAUACAACCAGAUCAAGGGGAUCUUCAGGGCAUUAACGAUGCUUAGAUCUGUGGUCAAAAAAAUGAAACACGAGCACAGCGACUACAUGUUGUCGUUGCAAAUGAAUGAUGAUGCUGAAGAGCGACCCAAUUUAAGUGGAUGGGUCGUUCAAAAGAUACAAAAGCCUGAGAAGGGCAAAGAAUUUGGUUUGCUGCUUCCAGAAGAAUUCGAGGAGUUUAAGGUCGCAAGAAAAAUAGUUGGUUGUUGA